UUUGGUUUGUUGUGUUUUAUAAUGAUAAAUUGAUAACAGAAAUUAGAAGAUAAAAAGUUAAAAGAAACAAUGAUGCAUCAGAUGCGUGAAAUUGUGCCUAAUAUAAAUUUUACGUCGCGUACCGAGGGCCAAACGAAGAUUAAUACAAUAAUAUGGACAGUACCACGUUUUCUUAUUUUACUUGAAAAUAAAACCACUAGAGAGUUACGAACAGAUAAUAUCAAAGAAACACUCUUCGACUCGGUUUGUUCCCGGUUUCAUUUGAAGAUGCAGUUUUUGGGUCGUGAUAAUGAUAUUAUUGAAGUUUAUUACCUGUCCCCUGACCCGGUGUUUUUAAAAUCCAUACUAACUAUAUGUUUAAAACGAUUUGAAGAACGAUCUAUAGUUAUAAAGGAGUUUCACACGGUCCAGGCUAACAAAUGGCAAUACUUAGCUACAAUGUUCAAAAGAGAUAUAACCGGUUACGAUGGACACGACAUAUUCCUUCUGAACGACGGCAGCUUGCGAUUGAAAUUUCAAUUCAUAGUAUCAAAUGACAUUAAAGUAGAACAUACCAAUGUCCCCGAAGCUCAACUGAGUAAUGACUUUGAGAGUCUACUAAAUAAUGGUCUAUUCUCUGAUGUCACUAUGAAAUCCAUUGAGGGUACAGAAUUUAAAGUACACAAGGCAGUGCUGGCCAGUAGGAGUGUUGUUUUGAAAGCUCACUUUGAACAUAAUACGACAGAAUGCCAUACAAAUAUUGUAGAAUCACCGCUCGAGGAAGAUGUACUUAAAGAAGUUUUAACAUUUAUAUAUAGCGACAAAGCUCCAAGUGUAGAUGACACACCGGAGAAGUUACUGGCUGCUGCAGAUUAUUAUCAACUCAGUAGACUUAAAAGCCUCUGUGAGGAAGCUUUGCACAAAAAACUUACUGUUGAGAAUGCAAUAGAAACUUUGCAAUUAGCAGAUAUACAUUCCGCUAAAAUAUUGAAAAAAUUGACGUUGGAGUUCAUAAAGGAUGGGCAAGCCAAGCUCAUUACAAAGACUGAGGGUUGGUCGAAAGUUAAAUCUGUCGAUUUAAUUAAAACUAUAUACGAGUAUAUUAUGAAUGAUGAUGUUGACACAGAUAUUAAAUAAUUACAUCUCCCAGUCUCCUUGUAUGCUCAGCAUAUUCUAUUUAAUGAUAGCUUAAAUCAUUACUUUUCUCAAAAUAUAAUAUCUGUAUUGUUAUUUCUAUUGUAGUUAAUUAAAAGUUUCAUCAAAGCGAA